GUCACCGGUCCCGUUCUCAAAACCAUGGAUAUAGGUAGAGGGGAUCCGCAGUUGUCCGUUGUCGUAUGUGGUGGCAACCUAAGAAUUACUCCGGUAAGAAUUAGGAGUAAUGACCAGAGAUGGCAAUUCUAGCAACACUGCCGGGCUUCGACCUCUUCUCCAAUCUCCCCACCACCGCGCCGCGGCAGUCUCCCGGCGACCCCCGCCACCGCAGUACGCCGCCGCCAAAUCCCCCCAUCCCCGUUCCCGAAUACCCACCUCCUCUAAGAUCCCAAAAGCGUCCGAACAACGAACAAAAACCUCAUCAGAAGCCCAAUCAGAUCCCGGCCUUCUCGAUCGCCACUCUCACCUCCAAUUACCGGAAACCCGUUAAGCCCGGCGAAGUCAUCUCGGCCGACGGCGAUCGCGCCGUCAUCGUCGGCGAGUCUGGCGUUUCCUACCGCCUCCCCGGCGCCCCAUUCGAGUUCCAGUACAGCUAUUCCGAGACGCCUAAGGUCCAGCCGCUGGCGAUCCGGGAACCGGCUGUCUUGCCCUUCGCGCCGCCCACCAUGCCUCGACCGUGGACCGGAAAAGCUCCGGCCAAAAAAUCCAAGCGGAAUAUUAAACUCUUCGGGCCAUUGGAUCCCAAAGAUGGAAAUGAUACCAAACAAUAUCACUACGAAAUGUUGAAAGCUUAUGAGCUUGGGAAGUAUAGGGUGAGGCCGAGGGAUGAGGUAUUGGGGCCGCCAUUAACAAGAGAUGAAAUCAAAGAACUUCUGCAACCUCGAAUAUCUAGUAACAAACAGGUUAAUCUUGGUUAGUAUGUUUAUAUUACUGCAAUUUCCCUUAAUUUGUUUGAAAUUGUAGAGCUUUUUUUGAACCCUUG